ACCGGACUGUAAACAAUGAGCAGAGGGGAAAAGGAAGUCUUGACCCGGAUAUCUGCUGACUGCAGACCAAAGAAAUCCGUCCCGUUGCCCCCGGAGGCUGAAACGCUGUCAGAAUGACCGCUGACGGGCUCCGUGGUUCGGGACAGCCCGACUAUAAAGAUAACGUAGCUUCAUGUAUCAGACAACCUGCUUCACUCAUUUGUCUUUUAUGGGAAAAAUGAGACUUAAAUCCUGUUCCCUCUUCUACGAUAUCUAUAACUUCUAUCGUCGAGCGUUAUAUUUAGAGAGAUAUGUGAGCCAGAAUGUCUCGCGGCAUUCAGCCACACAACACAACAAUCAGCUCUCAGCAACAAAAAUGGAGACGAAAUGAGUUCAAGAGUUCAAACACAAGAGUUUGUUUUCAGAUUUUAACUGAGUAAAACUUUGGAAAUGAGGAAACAAAGUUUGCAUUGCCAGCGCUGCUCUUCUUCCUGGAAUGAACCACAGCUUUAAAAACCCUCCCCUUCUUCUUCCUACUCUGCAAAAAGGAGAACCCCACAAUUUUCUUGUUCUCUCUCCUUCAGAUUUACAGUUUUACAGAUGGGUGUAAGUUAACCAAGAUGGCGGUGAAGUGCAGCAGCUGCCGGGCCCCGUUCACUGCAGAGACACAUGGUGUUAGAUCAGAGCUCAAAGCACAGUCGCUUCUGAGGAAGUGAAACUCAGACGGGCGUUGUCUUCGAGAGGUAACAUGGCGCAGAAAGGAGUUCGGCUGAUCAACAUUGUAUCUGUUCUCUGUUUUCUCUGCUUCAUGGAUUUUCAUAAAGGUUGCAACACAGUCUCAGCUGCAGCAGAAAGGCAGAGAGAGGUGGAGGGGAGUCCACUCAACAUCCAGCAGAGAAUCCAGGACAGAGAGAAAGACCUGAAGCUGCUCCAUCGGGAGGUGGAGGCCCUCAACCUCUCUGCUGAUGAAACAGUGGCGGCCAGUGAGAAGAUCUUCACUGAGCUGAUCCGCCUCAUGGAGAACAGAAGCUCUGAUGUGAGGCAGCAGGUCAGAUCCCAGCAGAGAACUGAAGUGAGUCGAGUCAAAGUGCUUCAGGAGAAGCUGGAGCAGGAGAUCGCUGAGCUGAAGCUGCUCUCACACACAAAGGAUCCACACGACUCCCCCUCGCUGUCACCACUCAGUGAGUCUAUAUCCAGCUUCAUCAUCCGUCCUCUGAGAUACUUUGAGGACGUGACGGCGGCUGUGUCAGAAGUCAGAGAUAAGCUACAGGACGUCCUGAGAGAGAAAUGGACAGACGUCUCACUGACGGUGACUGAAGUGGAUGUUUUACUGUCGCAACCAGAGCCCAAGACCAGAGCUGGGUUCUUAAGGUAUUCACAGGAAAUCACUCUGGAUCCAAACACAGCACAUACACGACUGUUAUUAUCUGAUGGGAACAGAAAAGCAACAUUAAUGGGUGAACAGUAUUAUCUUAGUCACCCAGACAGAUUCACUGAUUUUAAUCAGGUCCUGAGUCGAGACAGUCUGACUGAACGUUGUUACUGGGAGGUGGAGAAGACUGGUGGAGGAGGAUUUUUCAUAGCAGUCGCAUACAAGGCCAUCAGCAGAAGAGGGGACGGGGAUGAAUGUGGAUUUGGACUCAAUGAUAAAUCUUGGGUGUUCGAUUUUGAACCUAUUGGUUAUAGCUUCUUGUACAACACUGACCAAACUCUCGUCUCUGGUCCCCAGUCCUCCAGAGUCGGAGUGUACUUGGAUCACAGAGCAGGUAUUCUGUCCUUCUACAGCAUCUCUGAAACCAUGACUCUCCUCCACAGAGUCCAGACCACAUUCACUCAGCCUCUCUACGCUGGACUAUCAUUUUAUCUUUAUGGAUCCACUGCUGAGUUCUGUAAUCUAAAAUAGACAGAAGUCAUUUUAGGGUUAAACUCUGAGUUUGAACUCUUGAACUCAUUUAGUCUCCAUGUGUGUCGCUGAUAGCUGACUGUUGUGUUGUUUCUUCAGUGCACAGAGAUCAGCUGUCAGUCAAACGUUGUGGGCGGUACUUUGACCUCUUGCCAUUAUUGUUCUGUAAACGUCUGACUUCCUGUAGGUGGCGCUCUUUCCUUUGUCUGUUUAUCCAUGGAGGCGCUCACUGCUCAUGACGUUUGUUUUCCUGAACUAACUUUUCUCUGCAUGAACAUUUAAACUUGAUCAUUGAACUGAUGGGAUGUAAAACAAAAUUAAUGUUUACAUGAUGAUUAAACAAACAUGAACAAAG